CUGAGUGACGUCAUCAGUCAGUCAGACGUGGUUAAUCGAGUGUCGACGCGCUCAUGUUUGCUGCGGUCGUCCCGUCCGUUUGUUGACUAGCCGGGGAUUCAACGCCCAAACCCUCGGCAUGUUUUUCUCCGCACUUGCUCGAUCUGUGGUGUCGCAGACGGUGAGGGGUCUGCAUCGGUCUGCUGCACGUACCGGAGCUGGUGGCAUCUUUGUGCACAGAGAUACGGCAGACAACAACCUUGAAACGCCAUUCGAGUUCACAGAGGAGAACAAAAAGAGAAUUGAAGCCAUUAUUUCAAUGUACCCCGAUGGCCACAAGCAAGCAGCCACCAUCCCCGUGUUGGAUUUAGCCCAGAGACAACAUGGAUGGCUUCCCAUCUCCGUCAUGAACAAGGUGGCCGAAGUGUUGGAAAUCCCGCCGAUGAGGGUGUACGAGGUAGCGACGUUCUACACCAUGUUCCUGCGCCAGCCUGUGGGAAAAUACUUCAUUCAGAUCUGCACGACCACGCCGUGCAUGCUGUGCAACUCAGACAGCAUCCUGGAGACCAUCCAAAACAAACUUGGUAUCAAGGUUGGAGAGACCACUCCAGACAAGAUGUUCACACUAAUAGAAGUGGAAUGCCUCGGUGCCUGUGUGAACGCCCCAAUGGUGCAGAUCAAUGACAACUACUAUGAGGACCUCACUCCAAAAGAUAUGGAGCAGAUUAUUGAUGAUCUUAAAGCCGGCAGAGUCCCACCACCAGGGCCCAGAGGUGGCCGUUUCUCCUGCGAGCCUGCAGGUGGACUGACUUCCCUGACAGAACCUCCUAAAGGGCCCGGCUUUGGUGUGAGACCAGACCUGUAAACUCAAGCUUUGGUUUUAAAAACCUGAUAACUGAUCAUGUGUAAAUAAAUGACUCUACGUGU